UCCAAUCGCGACGUUAACAUGGCGAUUUGUGCGGUAAAUUCGGCGAGUCGCGCCCCAUCGGGGUGUUUUUACAUCGUAUUCGCGUGGUGAGUGACAUUUGUCGACGCGGGCGCGAGUGCGAUCUUGAGGCCUGUGCGACAUCGUCGACGCGUCAGAAAAAACAAAACGAAGACACCGUCUCCCUCGCACGUGACGGAUGCGAUAACGCGACGCGCUGCGAUGUCCGUGAGUUACGCCAGAAUGAAGUCCUGUCACGAAGCCCCGUCGUCGUCGUCGUCGACGUCGUCGACCUCGACGACCUCGACGACCUCGACGACCUCGACGAUGCUCAACAACGCGCUCAGACGAGCCGGCGACGAGGAGGACUGGCAAAUGCAGUUGGCGUUCUGUAAGCCUCGUCACAAUACCACCAUCGAGAGCGUCAAUUGUAUCAGUCAGACUUGGCGGAUGAAAGAGCGGAUGAAGACUGUGAGCGUCGCUUUGGUGCUGUGCCUCAACGUUGGCGUAGAUCCUCCGGACAUCGUCAAGACACAGCCCUGCGCUCGUCUCGAAUGUUGGAUAGAUCCUUUAUCUGUGAGUCCACAAAAAGCUCUUGAAACUAUAGGUUCGAAUCUGCAAAAGCAAUAUGAACGAUGGCAACCAAGAGCUCGCUACAAGCAAAGUUUAGAUCCAACUGUCGAGGAAGUUAAAAAAUUAUGUACAUCUUUAAGGCGAAAUGCUAAAGAAGAGAGAGUCUUGUUUCAUUACAAUGGUCAUGGUGUACCCAAACCUACCACUAAUGGUGAAAUAUGGGUAUUUAAUAGAACAUAUACACAGUACAUUCCAUUGUCGGUAUAUGACUUACAGACUUGGAUGGGUGCACCUAGUAUUUAUGUAUAUGAUUGUUCUAAUGCAGGUAUCAUUGUAGAAUCUUUUCAACAAUUUGCUGACCAACAUGAGAAGGAAUAUGAGAUGGAAAAACAGCAAAAUCGCGUAACCGGAGUGGCAUGUCCCGCAGCACCGUGCUAUAAGAAUUGUAUUCAAUUAGCAGCAUGCGCAGCUAAUCAGAUUUUACCUAUGAAUCCAAAUCUACCUGCAGAUAUAUUUACAUCAUGCCUUACUACUCCCAUAAAAAUUGCAAUACGCUGGUUUGCGAUGCAACCUACAUCCAAAUUAGUUCCCAAUAUAUCGCUUGAUCUGAUUGACAAAAUUCCUGGACAGUUGACUGACAGAAGAACAAUGUUAGGCGAGCUUAAUUGGAUAUUUACAGCUAUUACUGACACAAUAGCAUGGAAUACUCUACCAAGAGAUUUGUUCCAAAGAUUAUUCAGACAAGACCUAUUAGUUGCUAGUCUCUUCAGAAAUUUUUUACUGGCAGAGAGAAUACUUCGUUCUUACGAUUGCACGCCAGUUUCUUCCCCAAAAUUACCACCAACUUUUCAGCAUCGGAUGUGGCAAGCUUGGGAUAUGGCACUCGAUCUGUGCUUGGCACAAUUGCCAACAGUUCUAGAAAACGAAGAUCGAUAUGUGCAUUCGUCAUUCUUCGAAGAUCAACUUACAGCUUUUCAAGUAUGGCUCAACUUGGGAUCAAAAAAUCGCAGUCCACCUGAACAGCUUCCAAUCGUUCUUCAAGUAUUAUUGAGUCAAGUUCAUAGAUUGAGAGCGUUGGAGCUCUUAGGACGUUUUCUUGAUCUCGGUCCGUGGGCUGUGAAUUUAGCACUUAGUGUCGGCAUUUUUCCAUAUGUGUUAAAAUUAUUGCAAAGCAAUGCCAGAGAGCUUCGUCCCUUGCUCGUCUUUAUAUGGGCAAAAAUUUUAGCGGUGGAUAACACGUGUCAAGCAGAUCUUGUGCGUGACGGUGGCCAUAAAUAUUUCUUGUCUGUUCUUCAGGAUACUUCUAUUCCGAGUGAACACAGAACGUUAGCCGCGUUUGUACUAGCUAGUAUUGUAAAUGAUUACCGACCGGGUCAAGUGGCCGCAAAUCAAGGUAAUCUCGUUUCGAUAUGCUUGGAGCAAUUGGGAGACACAAAUUCUUUGCUACGACAAUGGCUUUGCUUGUGUCUGGCUAGACUUUGGCAUAAUUUUGACAAGGCGAGAUGGUGCGGCGUUAGAGACAUUGCUCAUGAAAAAUUAUUUACGUUAUUAAAAGAUCCCGUUCCAGAGGUUCGAGCAGCUAGCGUGUAUGCAUUGGGUACAUUCAUAAACAGCGUUACGACUAGGAGCGAGCAUGCAAACAAUAUCGAUCAAAUUAUUGCCAUGAUGCUUAUUAAUACAGUCUCUCACGAUAUGUGUCCACUAGUUAGAAAAGAAUUAGUAGUGGCUCUUCAAUGGAUGGUGCUGCAUUUUGAAAACUCUUUCGUGACCUUAGCUAUAGCCGAGGAGAAUAGUCGGAAGGACCUCGUCGUAGAAACUCUGUCUCCGUUCAGUGGUAUGAGGCGCAUCAGUUCACGCGAUAGAUUAAAGAUGUUAUCGCCUAAUAAUACAUAUGCAAUAGAUAUGACCGAUGGCUUUGGAACGCAAGAUCGCAUCAAAAGGGUAUCAUCUUCGUCAUCCAUUAGCAGUUUAGGUAAUAAUUGGGAGUUCGUGAGGAAACCUUGCGAGUCACUUGGUCAUAGUUCUCUUGGAAAUUUACCGAGUCUCUCUUAUGGUAGUGUGUAUAUGAAAUUAUGGCAUGGACUGUGCAAUCUCGACAACGAUCCUCAUCCAGCAGUUGGAGCUAUGUCUCAAAAAAUUACCAAUCAUAUUCGUAAUAAGGUGAAGGCAUCUUCUGCUCCUAAAGAGGUAGUCGAAACAAAAAUCUCCUCGUCGUUAUCUCUUCCACCAUCUCCGUCAAAUAGAACCGGUUAUUUAAGCAAAGGGGAGUCACCACCGACUGUCAACUCUGGACCAGAUUUGCUACGUUCUUCGAGAGUUCUACCACACAGUAGUCGUACGAGAAAACCUGUUCCUAAUACAAUAUCUGAAGAGGCGGACGAGAUACCUGGAGCCAAGACCCCAUUGACUACUUCUCAGUUUGUCGAAUGGAGUUGUGCUCAGUUUGCUCAGCCCGUCAGUUUAGAAGAUGAAAUGGAAGAUGUGGAGAGCAGACCAUAUCUUGAACGGGAAUGGCGGUUUAUACGUAAUGCAAAGCAGAGGCAAGACGCGAAAGAGGAACAAGUACGCGCGCCGCAAAGCAAGAUAGAAUCGCAGGUGUAUCACGCGAGAUGUUCCCAGUCACCUCAGGUCCUAGGUUUUCAUCCAUUCGAGCCGCAUUUGGCUGUAGCAUUGAAAGAUUACUUUGGGGUAUGGGAUUAUCAGAACGGUGUAAAGUUGACUUUCUGCGCAAGUCGCGACAGCAAAACGAAAUCCCGUAUCACUGCACUCGAGUUUAUCAACUCUCACGAUUUAAGUCUGCUAAUGGCGGGUUCCGAUGACGGUUCUGUGCGAAUUUGGAAGAAUUAUAACGGCACAAUAAGCCGCGAUCCGAUUUUACUUACAGCUUGGCAGGCUCUGGCGGAUGUACAACCCGCAACCAAGACCUCCAAUGCAAUGGCACAACUAGUUACGAAGUGGGAGCAAAAGUCUCUCACUCUAGCAGUAACGGGCGAUGUUCGUAUUGUAAGACUCUGGGACGCGGAGACCGAAUUGAAGAAGCAAGAUAUCCCAACAGGUGCCGAUUGUUGCACCACCUGUAUGGAUGUUGACGGCACAGGUGCAAUAAUGGCGCUAGGCUGCGGUGAUGGAUCGGUGCGACUCUUGGAUCGGAGAUUACCUCCCGCGGAAGCGAAAGUUAUGGUUUGGAGAGAACACACGGCUUGGAUGUUGGGCACAUUCUUGAGGCAAUCCGAAGGAUCCGCGCCACAAUUGUUUACCGGCUCAUCUUCAGGCGACAUCAAAAUCUUUGACCUUAGAAAAAAUUCUUCUGUAAACACGAUUCAGAUAGCGCCCGGCAUUGCGGCAUUAACAGUCCACGAAAUAGCUGAUGUUUUUGCAUGCGGCACCACGAAUCAUUGCAUCAGUGUCUAUAAUAUAUCGGGUCAGCAUCUUAACACGAUAAAAUUCCAUGAAGGAUUCAUGGGUACACGUCUCAGUCCUGUAAGUUGUUUGAGCUUUCAUCAGUAUCGCGUGACCAUGGCAGCUGGCUUUGUGGAUAGUACUUUCACGUUAUACGAGUCACGCAGAUGACUAUUAGAGAUGGAACUCAUGUAAGAUCUUUGCAGAAUUUUGUAAAUUUAUAGCAACAUUUUACACAUAUAUUCUUGCGCGCGUUGCGAUAUAUAUCGAUGAAAUUAGGGCUUUUGCCCCUCUCUUUCCCCGCCUUUUUAUAAGAAGACUAUAGAAUGGUUCCUAUGACUAUGAUAACAGAAUAGCCUUCUUUUUUUAUUUCUUCUCAUUAAAAGAUAGACAAUUCUUGCCUAUCUGCUAUUUUGAAUAAAAGAUAGAGGAAGAGAGGGUAAUUAUAGUUUUUGUGAUAAAACUAAGCAAGUGUGGAUUAACCAAAGUUAGUUUCGCAGGUGACCAAAGAACAGUUUAAAGAUACAAUUAAUUAUCUUUUUAACGUGAUUUUGACGUAAGAUAAAGAAUGUUGAAAGAAUUUUGGUAAUCUCUUUUGGUAUAUCCUGAGAAAUACCAAUGCAUAAUAAUAUGUGUACGUACAUUGUGAUAAAAGGUUAAUGCGAGUUUAAGUAUGCGAGAAUAAUUGAGAAAGUAAAGUUUAACGCGAAAGCUUUAUGACCUGCAUCGAUGAAAUAAUCUCAAUUAAUGUGCCAUGCAAUUUCCGCUUCAGGAUUAAACUGUACUCAGAUACAGAUCUGUAUGUAAUGGACAUAUUUUAAUUACCGAUGUGACUAUGUAAAUAUACAUAGCUCGCAUUAUAUGCAUUUUUAUAAAUUACACGGAUAACAGUCGAUGUUAAAGUUUACAUUUUUCACUAAUGUUUCUCGGUAUAAUUUUAUCGAUUUUUUAAAAUGUUUUCUAUUAUCCCAUGUUUCUGACCAGUUGCAUAGAUUUAUUUUGAAAAAUUUGAAUCGUCACCAAUGUUGUAUAAACUUCACACAUAAAUAAGUAUAAUUUCUUAAAUGAUAAGAUUUAAUGAAAGACAUCUAAAUUUAUAUGUAACAUUCAUCUAGAAGUUACAUUUAGUAUUUAGAUUUUAUUUUGCGUGGCAAUAUUAGAUUGCGUGCAGUGCAAUAUUCAUGAAUCAAUGAUAUAUAUACAGAAAACUUUCCAAUAUAUUUACAUAUAAAAUUCAAGAAGAAAAAUUCAAAUUUCCAUGCUAUUAAAAGAGAGAGAGAAAAGUACGCGAUACUUUUUUACAUAAGUAUGCAACUUUCAGGAUUUAUUACUUAUAUAACUUUAUAAAAAUGGAUUUUUUUCUCAUGUUACGAUUACAACGAAUCGUCAUCUUGUUAGUUUAGAUUCUUACUUUUCAAUAGCUAUUAAUGAAGUAGUCUAAUAAUCAUGUUAUAUAUCUGUUAAAAUGUAAAAAAUAUAUUUAGAGAUUAUCGCGUCUCACACUGCAUUAAAUGACAUAUUUGAGACAUUAUAAUAGAAAAUAUGAAUAAUUACAUUCGCUAUCACAGUAGUGUAAUUAUGUUGUGUAAGAUAAUAUUAAUUACGAGUUAUGUAAACAACACGAUUAUUCAUUCUAGUUAUGUUAUUAAUUUAUUGACUUGUUUCAUUCCACUCGCGGUUGCGCCAUUGCCGCUAUUACUUGUCCGUAGAGCAUAUAAUCCACUAAUAUUUGCGGAAUUAGAGAGCAAGAUGGCAAGCUUUAUGCGUAAAUAUACAAAGAUAGGACAAAUUACAUUACCAAGUUAGACCUUUAAUGAAAAUAGAACACGUUAAUGUUACAUCGAAAAACCGAGAAAUGGUUUUAUUAUUAUGUAAUAAUGGAUAUAUAUAUAUUGUAAAUACGCAUAAAUAUACAUAAUAUGUGCGCCAGAUGACAGAGGAGGAGCUGCGAGAUAGCUUUAUCUCUUUGUAUGAUAUGAUAGUUUUGUUAUUGACAUACACGUAAUAUAAUGAUAAUAUACAUGAUAAAGCAGUUGACAGAGAUUGAAGGAUGAAUACGGUAUCUAAUCAUAGAUUUGUACAGAUAUCUACAGAUAUAAACGCAGUGUUAGAUGUACUUAAACGUCUUUGUCGAAUAUGAAAACUACUAAACUGUAACUUUUUUCUCUUUCUAAAGCGAAAUUUUUCCAUAUUUUGGAAUUUAUGUUAUUUAAUUGUACAAUUAUCUUUAUUAAUGUAUUCACUGUAUCUGUUGGAUCUCUUUCAACAUAGUUUCUGCUAGUAGUAAAUAAUUUUUAUUUAUUG